CUCUCUCGCUGGCUCUCUCGCGGCAAGCUUUUGUGCGGCGGCGAUUGCGUGUGUGGUGGUGUUAGUAGGUGUGUUGUCGGGUUUUCAAUUGCUAAAAUCGCCGCUUCGCUUCAUUCGUUUGCCUGCUCGCGUGCUUUACGGUUCGAGAUUAAUAGAGAAACCCCACGAUAAAGUCCUCCAAGUUCCCCCAAAAUCAAGACUAAAAAACAAACAACAGUUCGUCUUCGCACAAUCUGGCAAAAGAGCUGCACAAAAAACAGUCAACAAAACCUUGUAUAUACAUAUAUAUAUUAUUUUUUUUUGAGUGUAAGCAACCGCAACAACACAACGACCCAGCCUGAGAACACCUUGUAUGGAGCAUGUCCACAGAUAGUCCCACACAGCUGCGGGAUUUGAGCCAGCUGCGGGGUCACCUCCAAGGCCCGACCCCCGCCCCGGCUCCCACCACGGCCCAUGGAUACCGCAGCAUUGCACCACCCGCCACCACAACCAUCACCAGCAGCAGCAGUAGCAGUAGCAGUAGCAGUACAUCCUCCCCAGCAACAGCGCCCCCAGCCACGCCCCUAGUGAUGGCCAGCAUGCCGGCCAGUGGGUCCAAGUAUGUGCUCCUGCAGCACAAUCAUAGUGGCGGCUUCACAGCCUACGACAGUGCCUCCGCGGCGGCAGCAGCGGCAGUAAACGCUCCCCAGGCGGGUACGGGGGCAGGAGCCGGCGGAGCGGCCGGUGGCAAUAUAGUCCUCCUGGCGGCGGAACCUCUCGAGAUGGGCUCCGCGGACGCCCUGGCCGCGGCGGCAGCGGCAGCCGGAGUCGGAGCUCGACCCACCGACGGCGAUGACGGCGAGCUGCGCUCCCUGAGCUGGCUGAACGACCGGAACCUGAUCAAGGGCAUCGUGACCUCCAGUGGAACGGCCGCAGCGGCCGCCCAACUGAAGCGAGGAGCGGCGGUGGCGCUGAAGACCACGCCGGGCUCCACUCCGGGCUCGGUGUGCAUUGUGAGCGACCUGAUCGAGGAGCUGCCGCCGAGCGAGCAUCCCAGCGAGCAGGAUCACCCGGCUGGAGCUGCGGGGACGGGCGCGGCGGUGUACAGCACCACCACGGUGCACAAGGGACCCAGUGGCACCACCACCGUGGUGGAGUACAAAGCCAGCAAGGCCAACAGUCAGUCGCAGUCGCAGUCGGCGCAGCAGCAGCAGCAGCAACAACAGGUCUACCAGCGCACCACCCUGGGGCACGGAUACCUGCCCGCCCAAGCCACCCUCUCGCCCGCCAAACCCACACUCGCAGCACAGCAGGCGGUAGCGCCACCACCUCAGCAGCAACAGCAGCAGUCGCAGAUCUUCGUGACCAGCAACGGAGGCAGCGGCUUCAAGGCGGCCGUGGCGGCGCUCAGCUCACCCACCAACACCACCACCAGCAGCAGCAGCAGUAGCAGCAACAGCACCACCACCCACCACCCGCACAAGAAGUACCUGCGGGAGAAGAUGCACGUACAGAUGGACCAGAGCAGCCAUGUGGCCUCCACCGUGACCGUGGUCAGCUCUCCCGCCUCCUCCAACAACUCCUCGAUUAGCUCCAGCUCCACCAGCAACUCUGUUUCUGGUUCCGGUUCCGGAUCGGGCUCGGGUUCGGGCUCUGCAUCCUCGACGGCGGCCGUAAACGGUGGCAACAGUCCUGUGCCGAAGGGCAGCAGCAGUAGCUUCACCUCGGUGUUUGAGGCCAUCAACUACGCCACCACAGUGACCAGCACUCCGCCCGCCAGCAAGCAGGAGGCCUCUGCCACCGCCGCCGCCUCUGUUCCCGUCUCCGUUGCCGUCUCUGUAACCGCCUCCGUUGCCGCAUCCCCCUCCGCCUUCUCGGAGGCUCCAGCUUCCUCUGUGGUCAUCAGCGCCGGCUCCUUGCCGCCAGGCUACAGCUUCGUGGACCUCGUGGCCGGAACGCCGCACGUCAUAUCCACGCCAGCCCAGAUGGCCUCGCCCGAGACUCCGGCCGGAGGGGCUCUGAUGCCCGGAGCCUACUACACGACCUCCGCGGGCGGUGUCAGCAGCACGGGUCCGGCCACGCGUAGCCUGCCGCUGUCCGUGUCGCCUCCGCCCCCGCCCAUGACGCCCACGGGCCACCUCGGAUCUGUACCGGGCGGGGGCUUGGUGGGAGCCGGCAGCUCCAACCUGCGCAGCCCCAACAGCUAUGCGAGCUACGACAACGAGGACUCGCUCAAGGAUUUCGAUAUGGUGGUGAGCUCGCGGAUGCACACCAGCACCCCCCAGUACGGAGGUGGCGGUGGCAAGGCGGGUGGAGGCGCCGCCAAUGGCUACAGCAGCGGCAGCAAUGCCACGCCCCAGAAGCAGAAGCAUCCCAACAACGUGCCAUACGACCCGCUCGUCCACACCAACAACAAGCCGCCAUAUAGCUUUAGUUCCCUGAUCUUCAUGGCCAUCGAGGGCUCGAACGAGAAGGCGCUGCCUGUGAAGGAGAUCUACGCCUGGAUCGUCCAGCACUUUCCGUACUUCAAGACGGCGCCCAACGGCUGGAAGAACAGCGUCCGCCACAAUCUGUCCCUCAACAAGAGCUUCGUGAAGGUGGAGAAGGCGCCGAACAUGGGCAAGGGAUCGCUGUGGCGCGUGGAGCCCCAGCAGCGCCAGAAUCUCAUCCAGGCCCUCAACCGGUCGCCGUACUUCUCCAACUCGGCGGUGGACAAGAUCAGUCCCUCGCUGAAGAGCCCCGGUGGUGGCAACGGUGGCUCCGCCCAGACCUACGACAGCCUGGAUGGCGGCAUUCAGGGAGUAGCCUCUCUCCAGGGUGCACCGCUGGCCGGGACCGGGUCCAGGGCGGGAGCUGGAGCGGGUGGAGCUGCCGUGGCCCUGUCCACGCCCUCGAAAAGCAACGGCCUGGUGAUGGCCAAUGUCGCUAGUCAGUCGCAGAGUGCGGCCACGCCGCACAGCCCCGGCGGUGGCGGGGGAGGAGCGGCCGGCAGCCACGCCCGCUUCGAUCCCAAGCUGUUCCCCAACCUGUCCAAGGCCUUCCGCAAUAUCCGCGAGGAUUCCGCCGGCCAGCCACUGCUCCAGGACGUCGUCGACGAGGAUCUCUCCGGGGACUACCACCACAACAAUAACAACAACAACAACAACAGCACCAGCGUUGCCAACAACAACAACAACGGCGUCAAGUACAACUUUGUGGGCUUGAACGGAGCCGGCGGAGCACUGGGACUGGGAGGCGGCGGAGCCAACGGCGUGGUGGCGCCCCCAGCUCCAGAGGGCAGCAUCAACUACGAGCGACUGGCGCGGGACUGCGGAGCGGACAGCAUGGACGAUGUGCACGCGGCGGCGGCGAUGCUCUUCCUCAAACACGGACCAAAGGCCUUCAGCGAACCGUUCCAAAACGGGAGCGCUCCGGUGAUCACGAGCUCGCCUAGCGAGGACCACACCUACUCGGCGGGCGGUAACAGCAACGCGGACAGCGGGGCUUCCACACCACUGACGAACGGCAACCUGCUGGCCCAGACGGCGGUCCAGUCCGCCCAGAUCCAUCAGGGCGGAGGCGGAUCCGACAGCAACUGCGCCAGCUCGGACGCGGCCUACGACAGCAGCGAAGAGAACCACAACAUCACGCCCGAGGAGCUGGCCGACCAGCAGCGACAUCGCGACGGAGUGGAUGCCCUGCUAUCGCUGUCGCGCUCCUCGAUCGUGGAGUGCGGCUCGGUGGCCACCACCCACUACCACAGCAACGGGAGCAGCGGCAGCAGUCACGGUUCACCCCACAAGCGCGCCUCCAGCCAGAGCCUCGAGGAGGAGCACCGCGAACAGCAGCAGCACCACCUCCAGUACCAUCCGUUCACCACCUCCCAGGUGGUCGGCAUGUACACGAACGGCAGUGGCAGCAAGAUGGCCCUCCUCAGUAGCGCGGCGGCCAAUGUGGCGCAACAGCACCAGGACCUCUUCAGCCCGGCGGUCGGUGGCGGCAGCCUGUACGGCGUGGGAGCAGGUAUGCUGCCCCAGAGCCUCAGCGCCGCCAUGGCGGCCAGCAAGUGCGGCAACAAGGUGAAGCCUCUACGCGGUCCACUGCGCACCAAGAAGCGGAAGUCGGCCUGCAUGCGGUGAAUGUGGCGCCAGGUUGGCGGCAGGUGGACCUAAUGGCGGGCUCGUCCUGCCAGGUCCUCCUGUUAGCUACCUUCUGCCAGCCCGCCCACCGUGCCACCCACUGCCCCUGCCACGACCCAGUUGUUAUCUCUUUCUAAAGUGAGGAUCACAGAGAGCAUUUAGUCGAGACCGAGACCGGAUGAACUUACCCCCCCCCCAGCUCUUGCUUACCGCCUGAGACCCAGUCCUAGACCCCACACCCAGGCCCCCCAAGCCCCCAAGACGUGUAUCGAUUACCUUCCUGUGUUUGUUAUACAAAUUAUCGAACCUUAUAUUUUUUUUAAUGGUUGGAACUAAUUUAGAAUGUAGAUCUAGAUGUGUUUUUUAUAUAGAAUUCUUUUUAUUAUUGAUUAUUUGAUUGAUUGAUUGAUUGAUUGUUGGCCAUUUAUAUUAUUUUUUUGAAUACGAUAACCGAUUAUCGAUUAUUGAUUACCGAUUAUUACCUUAUAUUGAUUUAUUAGCCAUCUAGCCGAUUUUUUUUUGUUUUUUGCUCCUGACCUUUAGUUAGUAGGUUUAGUUAUCUUUUAGUUUGUAAUUUUAAAAUGUGCAAAUAUUUUAAAACAAGAAUACUUUUAACCAAAACCUUAAAUCAUAAAACAUAAACCUUAAAGAUUAAACCUUAAAGCCCUUUAAAACCUUAAAUCAUAAACCUUAAAACCGUGUAGAGACCUUUUGCUUUUAAAACGUGAAACGAAUAGGGACCCAAAAGUAGGACCCAGAGGAGUAGGAGGUGUCCCAA